AUGGAGCUGACGUUGGUCAGUGGUAGCGCGUUCUUGCUGCUACUGAGCAGCUCCGUCUUUGGAGCGUUCGCACGCAGCCUCAGCGACAACAACGUUGUCUCCUGCAUCUGCGAAGCGUCAGCGUUCGGGUGGGGCCUCCUGACGUUCAUGAGCUGGUUCUUCCAACUGCCCAAACGGGAGUUUGAGCGAAGACUUACACGUUUCGGGUGGAGCGGCGUGACGGCUUGCCUAGUGUCGGCACUGCUGCACGCUGGAGCUGUGAUGAGUUUUACAUUGUGGGAUGAAGACCAGGUGCUGAUCAUACAGAACCUGCUGCUCGCUCCGAUGAAGGAAGAGCUUUUUUUUCGAGGAAUUGUCGUACUGAUGAGUAUCAAUCGACUGCAAAGUCUCAAGUGGAGUGCGUGGAUAUCCAGCGUCUUGUUCGCUGCCAUCCACCUGGUCAACGUACGACGUAUUGGAUCGCACUAUUCGAUGAGUUAUGUGGCGCUCCAAGUGCUUUGGGCGUGGCUCGUAGGCCUCUUCCUGGCGCUCAAACUUGCAGUCUCAGGGUCUCUUGUCCAGUGUCUGACGCUUCAUGCGAUCAAUAACAUGUUUGCGUUAGGAGUGUCUAAGACACAUGCAAUGGACUUCACGCAGCCAACAGUUUCCUGUUCAGUGAUCAUCGCAUUGGCAAUCUACGCUGUAGCAAUUGCAAGACAACUACAAAUUCUUAGCAACAAUAAUAAGGCAGGUCUGAAAGACAUUUGA